AUGGCGUCUUCCCAGCAGCAGAUCGAAAAGUUCGUCAUCAAGACGCCUUGCUCGAGCGCCAACAUCGGCCCCGGCUUCGACGUCAUUGGCCUGGCCUUGUCCAUGUACCUGGAGCUCCAUGUCACCAUCGAUCGUUCCAAGACAACCUCGGACCAGCCGCUUAACUGCCGCAUCACCUACGAGGGCCAGGGCGAGGAGGAUAUCAGCUUGAACCCCGAGGUCAACCUUAUCACCCGUGUGGCUCUCUACGUCCUCCGCUGCAACGACCAGCGCAGCUUCCCCGUCGAGACUCAUGUGCACAUCAAGAACCCCAUCCCCCUCGGAAGAGGUCUGGGUUCCUCCGGUGCCGCUGUCGUCGCCGGUGUCCAGCUUGGCAAGGAGGUCGGCGGUCUGCAUGACCUCACUCCCGAGCGUCUCUUUGACUACUGCCUCAUGAUUGAGCGUCACCCCGACAACGUCGGCGCCGCCCUCUUCGGUGGCUUCGUCGGCACCUACCUCAAGCCCCUCACCCCCGAAGAGACCGCCCGCACUGAGAUCCCCCUCAGCGAGGUCCUUCCCGCCCCCGCCGGCGGUGUCGACACCGGCAUCAAGCCCCCUUCGCCUCCCUACGGCAUCGGCCACCACAUCAAGUUCCCCUGGGCUCCCGAGAUCAAGGCCGUGGCCAUCAUCCCCGAGUUCGAGGUUCCCACCGCCAAGGCUCGCGAGGUUCUUCCCGCCGAGUAUCCCCGUGCGGAUGUUACCUUCAACCUCCAAAGGAUAGCCCUCCUCCCCGUCGCCCUCGGCCAGUCCCCUCCCGACCCGGAGCUCAUCAACCUGGCCAUGCAGGACAAGCUGCACCAGCCCUACCGCCAGGUCCUGAUCCCCGGCCUGACCAAGAUCGUUGAGUCCAUGACGCCCGCCACGCAGCCCGGCUUGUUGGGCGUCUGCUUGUCCGGCGCGGGACCCACCAUCCUCGCGCUGGCGACCGAGAACUUUGAGACGAUUGCCGAGAAGAUCAUUGAGGAGUUCAAGUCCAACAACAUCACCUGCAGGUGGGAGCUGUUGGAGCCGGCGGAUGGGACUACGGUUACUCAGGCUUAG